AUGUCGAACUCCGAAUUUCCACGUGAUUUGCAAACAGAAAUACUCACCAGAGUCCCCAACAAAUCUCUAGCAAAAUGGCAAACUACUUGUAAACGAUGGUACAGUUUACUCAAAGCUUUACUCGUGGAGAGAAACUUGGCUAAAGCAGCAGCAGGAGAGGUCGUCUUAUUGCUGAACGGUAGCGUUUAUGCAACCAAUCUCCAUGGGAUUCAAAACAGCGUCGAUCGUUCCAUGGAGAUUAGAGGUACGCUUACCAAUCUAAAAGAUCCAAAACAUGGUCUCGAAAUAUCUGACGUUUUCUACUGCAACGGUUUGAUACUAUGCACUGUGGAGGGAAACAAAAAGCUCGUGGUUUCGAACCCUUGUAACGGUGAAACAAGGUUGAUCGAACCAAGGACCCGUUACGAGAGUGGUGACAUGUAUGCUAUUGGAUACGUAGGCAGCAAGUCAUCUCCCUCCUACAAAGUCUUGAGAUAUUACCGUGGUUACUGCAAGGUUUCUGAAGUUGAAGUAUAUGAGUUUAGCUCUGAUUCGUGGAGGGUCAUAGAUGUCAAGAAACAUGACUGGGACAUAUCAUCUCCUGGCGUGUCGGUUAAAGGCACGGCUUAUUGGAUUGCUAAAUAUGACGAUGAGGAGUCUGGUCAGUCCAUACUGAGUUUUGAUUUCGCAAGAGAGAGAUUUGGGUUUAUCUCUCUUCCGUACGAGGUUGAUGGUCCUGAUGAUAUCGAGACAGAUGAUCAUGUAGAUACAGGUGUUCUUGCAGCUGUUAGAGAUGAGCAGCUCGCGGUGUUGCAUCAGUAUCUUCAUAGGCUCUCGUUACAGAUGAAGAUAUGGGUGACGACGAGCGAUAAGAUCGAUAAGAAGGUUUCGUGGAGAGAGUUCUUGGUUGUGGAUUUGGGUCAUUUUGAGUUGGGAAAGUUGGUGACUGUGGUAAGUUUCUUGCUGGACGAGGAGAAUGAAGUGGCAGUGUAUUGUAGCCUAGACGUGGUCCACGAUGAUGAUGAUGAUGAUGAUGAUGAUGAUGAUGAUGAAGAAGAGAAGAAGAGGACAAACAUUUGCAUAGUUGGUAAGGAAACACAUCAACAAAUCUAUGAUGAUGUGACUAAAGAGGGAUCAUGGCCACAUCUCCUUGAUUACGUUCCAAGGGAGGUUCACAUUCAGAGGAAGAAUACACCCAAAGACAAAACAAAAAGGAAAACAAAGAGGAAAGAACCGGAGGCCAUCUCUGUGAGAAGCGAAGAGGAAGUCAAACCGCGGAGAAUCAGAACCGUAGCAAAACGAGGAGGGUUCUUCCCAGCAAAACGAUCUUUCAUCCGGUGA